UCGAACGCUGCUGGUGUUGUUUUCUGCACGUUGUUUACAUCUAGCAAAGAUGAGGGGAAAGUCUGGUGUACCCGAUCGGUGGUAUAACUACAGCUGCCAUGGCAAAGUGUUGAUCGACCGAUUCAUCGCACUGAAGGUGCCGCUCUCGCGGAGAAUUCACUCCGUUCAGCACGAUCGCCGCUUCACGCCCGAGCAUGUCAUCGAGAAGCUACCGAUAGGGAUGCUGAUCGAUCUAACCAACACGAUGCGCUAUUACGACCCGAAGCAGUUCACCGCGAGCGGUAUCGAACAUGUGAAACUUAAUGUUCCCGGCCAGGUGGUGCCACCGGUGCGGAUAGUGGAUCGAUUCAUCGAAAUAGUAAAAUCAUAUCUGAACGAUCCCGAAAGUGAAGGCAAACUCAUCGGUGUGCACUGUACGCACGGGCUCAACCGGACGGGCUACCUAAUCUGCGCCUACAUGAUACUGCAGCUCGGCUAUGACCCGAACGAAGCGAUCCGCCUGUUCAAUGCCAAGCGGGGCCAUCGCAUGGAGCGCGAUAAGUAUCUGGAGAGCUUGCGACAAAUGGCACCGGCCGGGCAGGAUAAUGGCCGGCUGGGUGUGCAACCGGAAGGAGGGUACACUAUCCGGUCGGGAAUGCAUCCGGAAGCGUACGAUAGUUGCCCGGGAAACCGGUCGGAGGAAGGAGGAGAGCACGAUAGCCGCCCGGAAAUGCGCUCGGGAGGAUAUAACAGCCGCCCGGGAAUGCAGUCGGAUGCUGGGUACAAUGACCGCCCGGGACGGUACGAUGAACGCUCCUGGAGACAGCCGGAAGGAGCAUCCAAUGGGCGCUCGUGGUGGCAACCGGAAGGAGGAAAUAAUGACCGCUCGUUGAGGCAACCAGAAGGAGUGUCCAAUGAUCGCUCCUGGAGGCAACCGGGAGGAGGAAAUAAUGAUCGCUCCUGGAGGCAACCGGGAGGAGGAUCCAAUGAUCGUUUCGGGAGGCAACCGGGAGGAGGAUCCAAUGAUCGCUUCGGGAGGCAACCGGAAGGAGCGUCCUAUGAUCGUUCCGGGAGGCAACUGGGAGGAGCGUCCAAUGAUCGCUCCUGGAGGCAACCGGGAGGAGCGUCCAAUGAUCGCUCCUGGAGGCAACCGGAAGGAGGGUUCAAUGGUCGCCAGGAAAUGCGCUCAGAAGAUGAUUAUAAUAGCCGCCCGGUGAAGCAACCGGAAGUGCACGGUGGUCGCACUGCACGAUUACCACCGGCAAACGAUGGGAUACAGCGGUCCAAUCAGGAACGAUGGGACCCAUCGGUCAGACGGAUCGUGCGUCCGCAAAAACACACCUACCGCGUUCCGGCACACCGGCGCACCGAUGGACAUGAGCUGCAGUCGAAGCACACAAAGUUUGAAUGAACUAAGUUCUGUUUUUUUUUUUGUUUUUGGUUGAUGAAAUCUAUUCUUCACGUACUUUUGGCACACUUUUUAUGCCUGUCUGGUCUGUCCGUGAGAUUGUGUUUUCUCAUACGUAAUGAAUAAAAUGGACGCAUAACAACAACCCAGUACGCAACGCCAGUGAUUUGCUUCUUAAGAAGGGUUAGAUAGUGGAAAGAAAUGGAAUAGGGGAAUGUUUAAAGAAGAAGGGAAGAUCGCCUUUGUGGUUUAAAGUUCCAGUCCACCCACGCGGGGCCGUUGUCCGUGCAGUCGCAUAAUUACGCGCCAGCGCAUCGGGGAAUGCCGGGACAGCUGCCCUUAGACCCGAGAUUGCAUUAACGCUGUCCCACGAAUCGUUUGAUCGUUGGCGGCUAAUGCGCCGUGGCCGUGUGCGAAAUUACACGGUGCGUGCGCUUGCGCCGGUGGAGUUCCCCUUUACUUUUCCUCUGCUGGAGCAGGGGCCCAAGAAUUAGAACUAGCGUAAAGAUUUAAAAUACCUGCCCCGAGAGUCAUAAAUCGGGGAAAGAAGUGAUCGCGAACAAACCUUCCCUUCGACUGCAAGGAUCGAUUCGAGUGGGCCAAUUUGGAAAGAGGAAGGGCACGGCAUAACAAUGCGAAGUAAGGACAGCGAGUGUGCGAUUUGCAGCGAUAAGCAAGCAAAACAUAAAAAGCGAAAUAAUAAAAAAA